AUCUCCUUCUAUAAACCUCUUUGCCUGCACAUUUAGGUCGCUUGCUUCGCCAUGCAACCAAAUGAUGGCCAUUAUCGUCAGUGGCAGCUGCCAUCGAAAGAGAAGCAAGACCAGUCAAAGGAAGAGCAAGCUCAGCCUAAAAAAAGUGCGCUCAAUAUUAGCGCAUUAUUAAAUCGAGAGCCUUCCAUGAAUAAUCAAGCCGAGGCUCCCAAAGCAACAGAUUUGCCAAGUUCAACCCCAUCCUUGGAAUCUUACUCGUCUAAACCUCCUUCAUUGCAAACAAACAUGCAAAUAACACCUUCGCCGACUUCAGAAAGCCCGUCCGCUACGCUGACUUUCCAUCAAUACGAGCCACCAGCGGCCGCUGAAGCUACUGCUAAGCGAUUGCCGCUAAGAAAGAGGUUGACUAUGGAAAACAAAGUCCAACUACAUCAGCAGGUUCCUCAGCAACCGCAAACUAAUACUCCUUCCUCGAUUUCUCCGCCUGUGCAAGAAGCACCAGCACUGCCAGCACCUUUAGCUCCCGCCUCAGUCGUUACGGCGGCACCACCACAGGCCACCAGUGAAACAGCGUUGGAUAGCGAUAAUACCGAAACUGACGAGGAGAAAGGAUCCGUUGAGAUAUAUAAUCCUGUCGUAGUUCAACCAGCUUCAAGCGAAGCUUCAUCACCGGUGGUUAAAAUGAAGCCUCUCAAGAAGGCGAAAGUAUGGGGUUCCCUUAACAGCUUGCAAGGACACACAACGCACCAAAAUAGCGUUGUAAAUACGCAAUCGCAAAUUCAGUUUGGCGAAACCUCCGAAUCGGCUCCAGACUCAGGUACCAAGCGUGAAAUCGCGGACGAUAUUGAUUUACCGGCCAGCAAGCGACCAAAGUCAGCGAAUGAUUCACCACCGCCAGCCCCAAGUUCCAAGGCGCCUUCGUCAUCGUCAUCGUCGGAUGAAUUAUACUGCAUCUGCCGCAAACCGUAUGAUAAGCCAAGGUUCAUGAUCGCUUGUGAUGAAUGCGACCAGUGGUUUCAUGGAGAAUGUGUGGGUAUGAGCGAACGUGAUGGUGGAUUGAUCGAAUUGUAUUACUGUCCGGGAUGUUCACGAGCUACUGGAAAACAGACAUCUUGGAAAGUAAAGUGUGCCAAUCCGGCCUGUCUAAAGCCAGCAAGGACAGCAAAGUCGAAACAUCGAGGAAACAAAGAAGAUGAAUCGAAAUAUUGCUCAGGAGACUGCGGUCUGUUGCUUGCACGAGCGCGAAUUGCUAACUGUGAUAAGAAAAGACGAGCCGCGUUAGAAGAUGUACGAACAUCUAAAUCGCACGGGGCCAAGGUUCGUUCAGCCGCUGAUAUGGACGAUCGCAAGUUACUGGUUACCUUGCGUGAAGAGCAGGCAAAAUUGGAAGAGACUAUCGCAAGAGCGGACCGACGGUCUCGCUUUUUGAAAUUGGUUAUUCGACGACAACAAGAACACAAAUCCAACGAUGCAGGCAUGGAAGAGGUCAAGAGUUUAGGCAUGAAGGCGAAAAGAGCAGACGAAGGCGGCAUUUGUGGGUUCGAUUCUCGACUUCUGUGGGAAGAUGAAGAAUCAUGGAGCCAUUGUUUAGAACAGGAAGAUGAUGAUGCUGCUAUCAAACUUAUCGAGGAAGGCAGUCAUCAUCUGUGCCUCAGCAAUAGGAAAUGCCAACGCCAUGCUCAAUGGCAAAAAUUGAAAGCAGCCGAAAUCGACCUGGAGCGUUCUGAAGACGUCCAGGCUUUGCAGAAAUUGAAAAAGCAACGACACCAAGCUAAAGUGCGGAUGAAGCAGCGUCGGGAAAAAGUCACGGAAAUAGUCAAUAACGGUGUUAUCGACCAUCGCUUGUCUAGUGUCGUGGCAUAAUUCGCUUUGUAAUUUUGUAUUUGUACAUAUGUUUUUCUAUCUUAUCUUCGUCUUUAUAUACAUAAUCAAAAUGAAAUGCGUAAAUCGCGCAA